UAUUUCCGCUAACUUGACUCUGGCUGAGCUUCCAGUCCGGUUUAUAAGCAGAGAAAUAUCUGCUCCGCACGGUAAAGACAGACCUUUACCGGAGUACGGUCCGACGGAGGAAGCGUUCAGACUCACAGUUAGCGCUUUAAUUAACAGAUUUAAUAACUGAAACAUCAGCGGGAGACAUUUUGGAUCCGGUUGCUAGCUAACAGCCUAAAUAGACCCCGCCGCUGUGACCGCGGAGCAUCAGACGGGACAGGAAUGGCUCGGCCGAAGAAGAAAAGCACUCCGGGGAGUUUAGCAUGAGGCUCUGCGGGGGGAAACGGCUGCGAGACAACUGUAAAAACUACAAUAAUAAUAACAAGAAGAAGAAGAAGAAGCAGAGGAGGAGGAGAACUGUCUGUGUGAGAGCUGUUCGGUGACAUUUAUUUCCUCCAGCAGAAGAAGAAGAAGAAGAAGAAGAUGAAGAUGGGAGGCAGAGUGGAGCUGCUGGAGAUCUGCUGCCUGCUGCUGCUGAUCGGAAACUCACACUGCAGAGACUCUCAGCAGACAGAACACCUCUCCUCCUAUCAGCUGACUGUCCCUCGACCAAUAGGAGGCAGGCUGAGGCGGGACGUGGACGGAAGACCCCCCAAUCAGGUGUCUUACGUCAUCACUGUGGAUGGAGACGAUCGUGUCGUUCACCUGGAGAGAAAUGAACUGCUGCUUCCUGCAGACUUCACUGUGUUCUCCUACAGUCACAACGGAUCACUGAUCACAUCCAGACCACCUGUACAGAACCACUGUCACUAUCAGGGCUUCGUUCAGGACAUGGAGGGUUCUUCUGUUGCUAUGAGCAUCUGCAACGGCCUCAGAGGAGUGUUGCAUCUCACCGGCGACAGUUACGGCAUCGAGCCGUUAGACUCCGCCCCCGACCAGCACCUGGUGUACCGCCUGCAGGAUGUGACAUCACAGCCCCGGGGAUGUGGAACGCCGCACCGUGAUGAGCGGGACCACAACAACGCCACGGAGCACGCUCAGUACAAAACAGAGGAAAUCCACCACAGACAGCACAGCAGGAUGAAGCGAGCUGUUCUCCAUCAGACGCACUACGUGGAGCUGCUGCUGGUGGUCGACUACGACAGGUUUAAUUAUAUGAACAGGAACGAGACGGCGGUGAGGGAGGAGAUGGUUCACCUGGCCAACUUCGUAGACAGCAUCUACAUACAGCUGAACAUCCGGGUGGUCCUGGUGGGUCUGGAGAUCUGGUCUCAGCAGAACCCGAUCAGCACCGACGGAGGAGCCGGAGAGGUGCUGAGUCGCUUCACCCAGUGGAGAGAGAGAGAGCUGGUUCCCCGCCGCCGCCAUGACUCAGCACAACUCAUCCUGAAGAAGAGUUUUGGAGGAACAGCAGGGAUGGCCUUCGUCUCCACCGUCUGCUCCAGGAGCCACGGGGGCGGGAUCAACGCGUUCGCCAACAACAACGUCCCCUCGUUCGCCUCCAUCGUGGCUCAUGAACUCGGCCACAACCUCGGGAUGAACCACGACGACGGGCGCACCUGUACCUGCGGCGCCCCCGCCUGCAUCAUGAACUCUGGAGCCACAGGAUCCAGAAACUUCAGCAGCUGCAGUGCCGAUGACUUUGAGAAGAUGAUCCUGCUGACGGGGGGGUCGUGCCUCCUGAACGUGCCCCGGCCUGACGAGGCCUACAGCGCCCCCUACUGUGGAAACAGACUGGUGGACGUGGGCGAGGAGUGCGACUGCGGCUCACAGAAGGAAUGUGAGGAGGACCCCUGCUGUGAGUAUCACACCUGUAAACUGAAGCCUGGAGCUCAGUGUGCCUACGGAGAGUGCUGCUCCAACUGUCAGUACAUGCCAGGUGGAACAGUGUGUCGCUCCAGUACAGAUGAGUGCGAUCUACCUGAGUACUGUAACGGCUCCUCGUCCCUCUGUCAGAGCGACGUCUUCGUCCAGAACGGGCAGCCCUGCAGGAACCAGCAGGCCUACUGUUACAACGGGAAGUGUCGGCACUACGACGGACAGUGUCAGGCCAUCUUCGGAUCCAAGGCGAAGGCGGCUCCUGAAAUCUGCUUUAAAGACGUCAACAGUAAAGGAGAUCGCUUCGGUAACUGCGGUUACCACAACUACGGCUACAAGAAGUGUGAGAGCAGAAACGCUCAGUGCGGGAAGCUGCAGUGCUCUAACGUUCAGAUGGUGACGGUGUUCGGCAUCGAACCGUCGAUCAUCAGCACGCCGAUCGCAGGAGCCAAAUGUUACGGAGUCGACUUCAUGUUGGGAUCAGACGUCCCCGAUCCAGGCAUGGUGAACGAAGGGACCAAGUGUGGAGACAACAAGGUCUGUAUGAACUUUGAGUGUCGCAGCGCUGACAUCCUGAACUACGACUGUGACGUGGAGAAGAAAUGUCACGGACACGGGGUGUGCAACAGUAACAAGAACUGUCACUGUGACGACGGCUGGGCUGCACCUUUCUGUGAGGUCAAAGGUUACGGUGGCAGCGUGGACAGCGGACCCACGUGGAACGAUAAGGACACGUCUCUCCGAGACGGCCUGCUGGUCUUCUUCUUCCUCGUUCUUCCUCUGCUCGCUCUGGGUGCGUUUGUUUUCCUGCGCAGGAACGAGCUGCUGCGACGACUCGGGCUGAGCCGCAGGAAGCGGUCGCAGGGAUACCAGGCUGACGGCGCAGCUUCGGCCAAUCCCAGCAGAGGACCGCCUCCCAGAGCGCAGCCUCCGUCUGUUGCCCGGGGCAACGCCAACAACAUCGUCAGAGACGGGCACCACGCUCAGCUACUGCCACCGCAUGAGGUGGUGGAGACCAGCAGGACAGCUUCCUCCUACGCUCUGAGGCCUCCUCCUCCUCCUCUAAAACCGAAACCUCCUGCUGCAUCACAGCCUCUGGUGCCUCAAAGACCCGCCCCCGCUCCACCUGUUUAACCAAUCAGGGGGCCCUGCCCACCACACCUGGAUGACACGCCUCCUCCUUCUUUUUCCUCUUCAACUUCAGUCCCCACCCACUCAGUGCUGGUUACCUAGCAACAGCCAGGAAACGAUUGUGGAGCCAAAAUGGAAGGGGCUGGACUAUGAACUGGACCGCUCCACUAGGAAACUGGACCCAGUCAGACUGGACUGGGAAUUUACCAGAACAAACAGGAACACACCGGGACUGAACUGAAGCAGCUACUGUUCUCUACAGUCUUUCUUUCUUUCAAGUGCAGUCUGGAGACAAAACUGAGCUCCAUCAGGUGACACAUUGUCUGCUCUGUCACCAAACCAGCCAAUGAUAUCUCCAGAACAGUUACGUGUGACAUCAACAAGCCAUAUACCAGAUAAACUUGUCAUUACCCAACCAAAAAUGUAUUCAUCACCAUCAACAUUUUGUGUCCCUGCUUCAAAAAGCUGUUUUAAUUCACUCAACCCACGUUACUUAUAAUUUCAUGUUAGUUAUUUAGCAUCCUGGCUGGCUAACUAACGUUUGCUAGCUAACAGACAUUACAAGGUCAUAGCUAAUGCUAGUUAGCUGCAGUGUACUACUGCUAGCAUUACAAAAUAUCCACUAUAUAGUUAGCUAGCCAGUUUGUUAACUAAUGUUAAUGAUAGCUGAGUUAAAUACGUGUAUGAGCUAAUGCUAAUUGGCCUUACCAGUUAAAACAGUUGACCUUGUCACUGCUAAGUUACUACCCAAUCGAAUAAUUAUUAAUCAUCAUCAACAUUUUGUACUCUAAAAAGAAGUGGUUACAAUUCCCUGAGGUUUGUUACUAAUAAGCCAUUUAGAACUGGCUAGCUAAGUAACUUUUGCUAGCUAACAACUCUAGCAGGCUUACAAGGUUAUGACUAAUUGCUACUUAGCACCAGUGUGUCCCACAUUUCAUACUACUGCUAGCAUUAUAAAAUAUUCACUAUUUAUUUAGCUAGCCAGUUUGGUAACUAAUGUUUAAUAGCUACCAGGGCUAGCAAGCUUACAUGUUGAUGAGCUAAUGCUACUAGACUUGUCACCAGUAAAAUUGUGUCGCUUCCCAGUCACUCCCCAAUCAAACAUUUAUUUAUUCUUAUCGAUAUCAACCUCUAAUGUAUUGAUUUAAUUCAGCCCUGACCUCUGUUACCUCUGUUAAUAAUAAUAGGAAUGACAGCUAUAGGAAUAAUAAUGUCAGUAUUAGUAACAGAGCCAAUAACAACAGCUGUAGCAGCAGUUGUCGAGCAGGAACACGGGGGCAGCAGGUGGCCCACAACCACAGAUCCAGACUCUGCAGGAACACGGGGGCAGCAGGUGGCCCACAACCACCGAUCCAGACUCUGCAGCUCUGGAGGCAGAAAUACCUGCUGAAAGCGACAGAAGGAGAGAGGAGAGAGACGAGAAAAAAGUAUAAAGUAUUUACUAUAUAGUUAGCCAGCCAGUUUGCUAACAAAUGUUUGCUAGCUAAGAGCAAAUUUUAAAGGUCAUGUUAUCUACAGUGUGUCCCAGAUGUCGUCCAUCAUGCUAGUCCAGUACUAUAAAGUAUUAACUAUAUAUUACUAUUACUAUCACUAUUUUGGCAGUUAAUCUACAAGAAAUUAAUGUAAUUUUUGUGACAUAAAGGUCAGUUGAUCAUUCAUUAAGUCCCACACCUCUUAGUGGCUGCCAUGUUACCACGUACAGUUUACAGUUUAAACAAUGAAAGCAGCUUCUCUUUUUUAACUGUUGACCAUCGAUUUUGCUUCAGCUGUCUAGCAACCAGCUAGCUAGCUAAUUAAUAUUAACUCCACGGCUGAGUCCGAAAUUACUCCCUAUUUACUGCACUGUGCACUAUGUUUAAAAGUAGUGUCCAUCGCAUGUACAUUACUGUGUGCUAACAGUCCCACAAUGCAUUGUGCUGCAUUUUAUAGAUGAGAAAAGUACUGUUGUGCGAUUCUACUCCGGCAGUGUUGACGCAAAAUGAUGAUGAUCAGUAAAUGUCCGAAAUCUGAAUUUACUGCUCACUAUUGAGUAAACUAUCAUGUAUAAAAACUGUUAUAUAGGGAGCAGCGAAUGAGUGAACGGGGAAGGGGUUUCUGACGCACGUCUCUGGCUGAAUUUUAAUGUUUCCAAUUUAUCGGUUGAAACUGAGAACCCCGCAAAAGGGGUUUUAAAUAUUGUGGCUAAUAUGGCUAAAUGCAUGAUAUCAUGCUAACUCUGGAGAGGUUUAGCUAACGAUCAAUUACAUGUACUGAGAAGUGCUUCACUCUGAUUGGCUGGUUUGAAGACACAGAGGUCACUGGAGGCGGGGCUUGCACUUGUUUCUUACUUGUCUUUCCUUCUGUCUCCGAAUGAAAGCACUGGUGCCGUCUGAUUGCACUUCCCCUCUGCUCAGCACUGUCAUAGGAAUGUAACGCACCCCUGCUGCUGUGUGCGGGUGCGCUUGGUCUCCGCCGCCCGGUGCUCUCUCUCCAGAAUUGUAAAAUCACAGUAUGCAACACCGUGUGAGCGCAGAGCUCCUCCGGGUUUUAGUUCCCCUCCUCUGGAUCUGCGUGGUACGUCGAUGUUUGUGACUGUGCUGGCUGUCGUUUCUGCAGGGAAGGUCCGAUCGCCUCAUCUUUCCCCCGAAACACUUCAACACUGUUAAAUCUGUGAUGUUCAGUGUCUCCGAGUCCGAGCAGUCGUGUAAAACAGUCCCUCUGCUUCUUUGGAGGUUGUUAAGAAGCCUUCUGGGAAAUGUAGGCAAUCACUAAAAGUAGGGCCACUUUUUCCUGUUUGGGCAUUUUAGUGUGGACAAAGAUUUUAAAAAAAAAAAAAAGGCCUGAAAACGCCAGCGUGGACGAGGGUUGUUUUCAGCAUUUUCAAAUUCAGCCGGCUCAGUGUGGACAAGUGCUGAGGGAAGGUUAGCUCAACAGAAAUGUAAAUUACAACAUACUGAACAUCACAGAUUGAAGAUAUGGAACAAGUGUUGAAGUGUCCAAAGGUGGAAAUUAUCCGUUAAGUUCUCAGCUCACCACUGGAACGCCUGCUUUAAGUCCUGAAAGCGUCCAGACUUCCUGUCGUCUUUCACUCCAGCGUCACCUGAAUGUGAGAAACUAAACGAAACAUAAUCAGGCUCUGGAGAGCGAGUCUGAUUUAAAUACAUUCAGGACGUUUUAGUUUCUCUUUUGUUGUGUGAACGCUCGCGCUGGCCAGCAUAAAAGUCACUCGACACCGGAGGGGGGGGGGUCCCUGCCCCUCCCCCAGGCUCACAGGUUUCAUUCAAACCAGGGAUUUUUACAUCACCAGUAAAUCAAAUGUUUCUGUUUCUGUCUGACUGGCUUCAUCUGCUGUUAACUGACUGUUAGCACCGUUAGCCAGUUAGCUGCACGCUGCAGUUAAUGAACCUGGAUGCACUGUGUGAGGCGAACAUCGUGUUAAUAUUUUUAUCUGCUUCGGUAUAUUUUUAAUUUGCUGUCUUUAGUGUUUUUUGCUGUGAACACGAGGAAUCGACUGAGGAUUAAAAUAGGUAACUCAUAGGGCUAAUUUUGUGCCAUUUGAUCGUUUUAAUGCCAAAAAAACUGAAGAGUAAUCAGUGUUUCUACGCAGAUGUCUUGAGAGCAAAGCGUUCAGACGGAGGUUAUUUAGAGACGUGAGCGCAGCCGGAGCUCACAGGAGCAUCAAAUUACAGUCACUAAACUUCUGCUGCUGCUGACUUUAAAGGGUGAAUAACUCGGGUGAUAUUCCACAGUUUUCUUAAAAUCAACAAACCUCACGUUCAGACUCAAACAGCAGUGAACGUCUCUGCUAACAGGUGUGUGUGUGUGUGUGAAUCACAGCCGCCAUCGUCGUCCAGAAACUAUUAAAACACAUCAGCGAGCCGCUCUGCUGCACUGGCUGACAUGUUCCUUCAUCACCACGAACACACACACUGUAGUUUAUUCUGACUCAGCCCCACACACACCGUCCUGCUGCCCCAAACACUCACUACAGCACCACAUGUGGAUUCAUCCGCCGCUGGAAAUAGUCCCCAACAGACGCUCUGUUUCCUCCUGUCUCAAGAAUAAAUUGAUAAACCUGCAGUAUUCCCAGUUCACUGCAGGUUUCUCGAAGUGAGAGACGAACUACUAGUGUUGAUGGUUUGAGUGUGAACAUGAGAUUUGUUUAAAAAAAACAUAUAAACUAACGCCAGGCCGAUCCUUUAAACGGUAGAUUCUGCUCCAAAUGUGUCAUCGGUAUCCAGCCAGCUGAAUGGAUAUGGAUGGCGGUUUGUAUGAUGACAGAACUGACCGCGGGAAUCCGCACGUGGACUGACGGGUAAACCUGCUCCGAAGAAAAAUGUCUCUGAGAUUCCUCCUUACCUAAGGGGCCGCAGGCUUACAGUAAUACUUCAAGCCUGCUGGUUACUAACUUAAGUAACGUCUUAAAAAGUGUGUAGGCAGCCUGAGAGGUAAAACUCAGGGCAGGAAAGUCUGAACGUGAGCGCAGUUAUAUUUAUGCUAAACCUGUGUAUACCGUAUGUGUGAGCUGGACCACAGCAGGUAAAGUGGGACGGCGUGAUUGGUCGACAGGUGUUGCCCGAUCUCCCUGUAAACACUGAUAUCACCGUGGCAACGCAGAGAAUCUCGUCACCUUUUUCUAUCACGAUGAUUGAUUUUAUAUAGGAAUUUGUUUUCUCUAUUUUGCAAGUGUAAACCUGUUAUCUGUGGUAAUGCAAACACUUUCAGCUGAGUUUUUGUUUCAUUAUUAAAUAUUGCUGUGUCACGUGGAAA